AUCUUCCAAUCUCGACAGACGAGUUUAACCAACGCGCUUUUAAUUUGAAGCGGUAAUACUUUGGCGGAAGGGCGGGUACUGCUAGCUGCUUGUAGCUCGACACAGAGAGAGGGCACAGUGGAUUCCGUUAGGAGGCUUUAGAUCAUCGACAGGCGGCUCUUGAGGGAUCUUACUCGGAUUGUACAUGUAGGUUACCGGGUGUCACCCCUGGGGUGAAUCCACCAAGCCUCCACGCCUCUGUGGGUUUACAUUAGCCUGGAAUAUGAGCAGAAGAAGAAGAUAAGCAGAAGCGACUGGCUUCCUACAGGAUUUUACCCAGGCUUUUUGUAUUUUUUCCGUGGACAUGACUAGUCUAUGGAGCGAAGCUGAGCGAAGCUAGCUGGCCGACAGUCCGGCUAGCGCAACAUUUCCAAGCUCUUGGAUGCUUGUUUAGCCGAAGAGCUGAUUCAUUUUAGAUCAGCGUUACCUCCCCACCCUGGGUAAGGAGUCAGCAUGGGGGAGCCCAGCCUGGACGACGCAAAUGUCAAGGUGGCUGUUCGAGUACGGCCCAUGAACAGGAGAGAAAAGGAAUUAAACACUAAAUGUGUUGUGGAGAUGGUGAAAAACCAGACGAUCCUCCAUCCUGCUGCAGGUAAUCUGGGCAAAGGAGACUCCAGGAGUCAGUCCAAGGUCUUUGCCUAUGAUUACUGCUUCUGGUCUAUGGAUGAGACAGAUAAAGAGAAAUUCGCAGGUCAGGAGGUGGUCUUCCAGUGCCUUGGGGAAAGUCUUCUCCGCAAUGCCUUCCAGGGCUACAAUGCCUGUAUCUUUGCCUAUGGACAAACUGGUUCAGGAAAGUCGUAUACCAUGAUGGGUUCAGUCGACCAGCCAGGUCUGAUUCCCCGUCUGUGUAGUGCUUUGUUUGAACGUACCCAGAAGGAACAGCGGGAGGAGGAGAGUUUUACGGUCGAGGUAUCCUACAUGGAGAUCUACAAUGAGAAAGUCCGAGACCUACUUGAUCCCAAAGGGGGUAGACAAACUCUGAGGGUGAGGGAGCAUAAAGUUUUGGGUCCUUACGUGGAUGGUCUGUCUCGACUAGCUGUUGCCAGCUACAAGGACAUAGAGUCUCUGAUGUCAGAGGGGAAUAAGUCUCGGACUGUUGCUGCUACCAACAUGAAUGAGGAGAGCAGCCGAUCGCACGCAGUGUUCAACAUCAUCCUCACACACACACUCAAAGAUUUGCAGUCUGGGACAAGUGGGGAAAAGGUGAGUCGGUUGAGUCUGGUAGACUUAGCUGGAAGUGAGCGAGCAGCAAAGACUGGAGCAGCAGGAGAACGGCUAAAGGAGGGAAGCAACAUCAACAAGUCUCUCACUACUCUGGGCCUGGUGAUCUCGGCACUGGCUGAACAGGGAACAGCCAAGAACAAGAACAAGUUUGUUCCUUACAGAGACUCUGUUUUGACAUGGCUGCUGAAGGACUGUCUGGGUGGCAACAGUCGCACAGCGAUGGUUGCAACUGUGAGUCCAGCAGCAGACAACUAUGAGGAGACACUGUCGACGCUGCGCUAUGCAGACAGAGCAAAGAACAUUGUGAACCAUGCUGUUGUUAAUGAAGACCCCAACGCUCGCAUCAUCAGGGAGCUCAGAGAGGAAGUGGAGAAACUGCGAGUACAACUGACUCAGGCAGAGUCUUUGAAGGCUCCAGAGCUGAAAGACCGUCUGGAGGAGUCAGAAAAGUUGAUUCAAGAGAUGACCAUCACCUGGGAGGAGAAGCUUCGCAAAACUGAGGAGAUUGCACAAGAGCGUCAGAAGCAGUUAGAGAGUCUGGGUAUUUCCCUCCAGUCCUCAGGGAUUAAAGUGGGAGACGAUAAGAGUUUCCUUGUCAACCUCAACGCUGAUCCAGCCCUCAAUGAACUCCUGGUGUACUACCUGAAGGAACACACAAAGGUGGGCUCAGCAGACUCUCAGGACAUCCAGCUGUGCGGAAUGGGUAUCCAGGCAGAGCACUGUGUCAUCGAUAUUACUGCAGAUGCUGCGGUCAUCCUCACCCCCUACCGCAAUGCUCGGACAUGUGUAAAUGGUUCUCCAGUAAGUAGUGGUCUGCAGCUUCACCACGGUGACCGAAUCCUCUGGGGAAACAACCAUUUCUUUAGGAUCAACUUGCCUAAGCGGCGCUCUCGGGGAGCUGAAGGUGAGGAGGGAGAGGGUGACGCGAUGAAGAACAGUGGCAGCAGUGAACAGUUGGAUGCAGAUGGUGACACAGGCAGCGAAGUGUCCAGUGAAGUCAGCUUCUCUUAUGAGUUCGCCCAGACAGAGGUCAUGAUGAAGGCCCUGGGCAAUAACGACCCCAUGCAAGCAGUCCUCCAGUCUCUGGAGAGGCAGCAUGAAGAGGAGAAGCGGUCUGCUCUGGAGCGACAGAGACAAAUGUACGAACAGGAACUGCAGCAGCUCCGCAAGAAGCUGAACCCGGACCGUCUGUCCAUAGGCCCGCCUGGAGGGCCAGCGUCUGGCCAGCAAGGUUCGGGACAGCAGUCUCACUACCGCAGCCUGGAGAGACUCAGUAUGGGAGGGAUGAGUCAUUCAACCAGUGCUCAGAGCAGACUGAGGCAGUGGAGUGAGGACAGAGAGGUGGUGUUGGUGAGGAGUCUGCGGCGACUGAGAGAGCAGAUAGUGAGGGCAAACCUCAUGGUGCAAGAAGCCUGUUUCAUUGCCGAAGAGCUGGAGCGACACACAGAGUACAGAGUCACUCUGCAGAUCCCAUCAGACAACCUCAAUGCAAACCGCAAGAGGGAUGCAGUGCUCAGUGAACCAGCAAUUCAGGUUCGACGUCGGUGCCGAGGGAAGCAGAUCUGGAGUCUGGAGAAGAUGGAGAACCGUCUGGUUGACAUGAGAGAGCUGUACCAGGAGUGGCAGGACUACCAUGCCCAUCACCAUGACAACCCUGUGAUGCGCUCAUAUUUCCGUCGAGCAGACCCAUUCUUUGAUGAGCAGGAAAACCACAGUCUGAUAGGCGUUGCCAAUGUCUUCCUUUCAUGUCUCUUCUAUGAUGUGAAGCUGCAGUAUGCUGUUCCCAUCAUCAACCAGAAGGGGGAGGUGGCUGGGCGUCUUCACGUGGAAGUGGUGAGGGUUGGAGGGGGAUUGGAGGACAACAUGGCUGGGGGAGAUGAAUCCGACAACAACCAAGACACUGAAGUCCAGGAUCGCAAACUGGUCUGCAUGAUUAAGAUUCUGCAGGCCACUGGUCUUCCCCAGUACCUGUCCAACUUCGUCUUCUGUCAGUAUGCAUUCUGGGACCAGCCAGAGCCAAUCAUUGUUGCUCCUGAAGUAGAUCCAUCAUCCUCGUCACCCAGCACCAAGGACCCACACUGCAUGGUGGUGUUUGACAGCUGCAAGGAACUGGCAGUGUCAGUAACAGAGGAUUUCAUCGAGUACCUGACAGAAGGAGCAGUUGCCAUUGAGGUAUAUGGACACAGACAGGCUGAUGCAGGGAGAAACCCUGCCCUGUGGGACCUCAGCAUCAUCCAGGCCAAAACACGCACACUACGAGACAGAUGGAGUGAGGUAACACGUCGCCUGGAGCUGUGGAUUCAAAUUCUUGAGAUAAACGAGAACGGAGACUUUGUCCCAGUGGAAGUAGUUCCUGCUAAAGAUGUGCGGACCGGGGGAAUCUUCCAGCUUCGGCAGGGUCAGUCGAGGCGAAUUCAGGUGGACGUGCGCUCAGUUCAGGACUCGGGCACCAUGCCUCUGAUAACAGAAAUAGUGCUUGCAGUGUCAGUCGGUUGUGUGGAGAUCAGAAACACCACAGCAAACGAGGAAGAAGAUGAAAUGGACAGUUACCAGGAAAGAGACCUGGAGCGUUUGCGGAGGCAGUGGUUAGCCGCCCUCACCAAGAGACAGGAAUACCUUGACCAGCACCUGCAGAGCCUGGUCAGCAAAGCAGAAAAGACAGAGGAUGACAUGGAGAGGGAGGCCCAGCUGCUGGAGUGGCGCUUAACUCUGACAGAGGAGAGAAACGCUGUCAUGGUGCCCUCUGCUGGCAGUGGCAUUCCUGGAGCACCUGCUGAAUGGGUUCCUCUGCCAGGCAUGGAGACUCAUAUUCCUGUUGUCUUCCUAAACCUCAAACCUGAUGACCUCAGUUCUCAAGACCAGUUUGAGGUUCCUGACGCCGGAGGUUGGGAUGCCACUCUGAGUGGAGAGGAUGAGGAUGACUUCUUUGACCUACAGAUCGUCAAGCACUAUGAUGGAGAGGUGAAAGCAGAGGCAUCGUGGGACUCUACCGUCCAUGAGUGUCCCCAGCUUAGCCGUGGAGGAGCGUGGCCGGAGCAGCGGGUGUACCUGACGGUUCGAGUGGUGGUCCAGCUUAGCCACCCUGCUGACAUGCAGCUGGUCCUGAGAAAAAGGAUCUGCGUCAAUGUUAACCCAGGUCGCCAGGGCUUUGCCCACAACUUUCUCAGAAGGAUGUCCACCCGCAGCACCAUACCUGGCUGUGGGGUCACUUUUGAGGUGGUCUCCAACAUCCCCGGGGACGCCCCUGGUUCAGAAGACAGGGAAAUGCUCGCCCGGCUUGCUGCCAGCGCACACAACAGUCAAUCAGCUGAUGAUGAGGCUGCAAUUGAGAAAUACCUCCGCAGUGUCCUUAGUCUGGAGAACAUCCUGACUCUGGAUAGGCUCAGACAGGAAGUCGCAGUGAAAGAGCAACUGACAAACAGAGGGAGGAGCAACAGACGUAGCCUCAGUUCCCCCUCUGUCCACAGGCUGUCUGGAAGUAGACAAGACCUGUCCACGACCUGCCUGCUGGAUGACAAGGGUCGAUGGGAGAGUCAGCAGGAUAUCUUCAUGCCCUCUCAGUUUCAUCGCACCCUCCCCAGGCCUGCCUCUUCCCCGUCCACCUACUCCACUUCCCCUUCCUCAUCCCCAACUCCUUUCGGCAUGACACCCCCACAGAACCAGGAACCAGAGCAAGGUCGUUCAGGACUUGCUGCCUCUUAUCUUUCAGUUAAGGCGCUGGUUCCCCAGAUGCCCAAAUUGCUCAAGUCUUUGUUUCCAGCACGAGAUGAAAAGAAGGAGCUGAGACCUUCGCCACACAACCAACAGCAGCAUGUUCCUCGCAUCAUGACAUCAGGAGGGGAUGACAGCCGAGUCAAGGCUGAGACGACUGCUAUUCUACGGCCCUCAACCAAAGACAGACGGGCAGAAUUCUCAGAAGUCCCUCCUCUUCCUGUGCAUGACCCGCAUGACACUACCCCCCUCAGCCCCCUCAGCCAGUCAUCAAGCGGCUACUUCUCCAGUAGUGUCUCAACAGUUACCCUGUCUGACGUCCUCCAACCCUCCUCCUCGUCUUCCUCCCUCCUGGCUGCUGAGACUGCGUUACCCACAAAUCUUCAGCAGCAGGGCGCUGACAGGAACGAUGUUGUGACCUCUUCUUCUCAGUGCGGUGCCAAGAUGGCUGUUGUUGAUGCUCCAAACGGUUCCCACAGCUCAGCCAAUCACAACAAUGUCAGUGCGGAAAACUCUGUUUCUGAACGCAAGCUGGUCAACUCAGGAGAAGGAGGAAGUGAAGGCUUUGAGAGGCUGGAGAUAUUUGUGGAUGAUGAAGAGCGCAGCCAAGACAACGUGCUGCCCGACUGGCUUACGGAAGGAGCGUAUGUUACAGUAGGGAACAAUAAGGCCGGGACAGUGCGCUACGUAGGAGCGACUCAGUUUGCUGAAGGAGUGUGGGUGGGGGUGGAGCUGGACAGCCCUGUAGGUAAGAAUGACGGUUCAGUCGGAGGUCAUCGGUAUUUCCACUGUAAACCGGGUUACGGGGUGCUGGUUCGCCCAGGUCGGUUGUCCUCACGCGAUCGGACCACUCGGUGCAUGGGAGAGUUCGCCCCUCCUGCCCACGUCCCUGUCCUGCGAGGAGAAGGCUUUGUUGCCCGCCGGGGGGAGAACCGCAAGUCCUGGAGCAGUUGAGACAGGGAAACCAGGAGCUGGAUGGGAGAGAUGAACUCCCCACUGUCCUCCUCCUCCUCCCCCCAGCUAUGCAGCGCUCUCAUACAUCAGAACUGACAUACUGCCUACCCUCAUAUAAUUUGAAGCUACAUUCACUACAUCCAUUCACAGGUAAUGGAUAUGAAUAGAAGACAGUGAAGGUUUAGAACGAACACAAGUAAGACUAUGCAGAGUAUGUAGGAGUCCACAGAAGGACUGUUAUCAUGUGGGAAUAAUGCUGAAUGAAUGGCAGUUAGUGGGAAGACUGCCGGGGAUGACUGCACGACAGUGCAGACUUUGUUUUAUUUGGAGUGUCGGAGCUCUGCAGGGGUUUGAUUGGACGAUGCAGACUGGAUGAUUUGCCUCAGAGAUGCUUUCUGAGCUGAUAUACAGGGAUGCGAACUAGUCACAUUUUUGACAGGCACUUUUUAGCUUUUCCUGCCAAUAUAUUUUAUCAAUCAGCCAGUAUCCAAUUGGAUGCUCACUGAUUGAUAAUGAGAGAUUAGUAUUAGUUCUCAGUAGUCAUAACUAGGUGAUCGAUCAGAAAGCACUGUAUGGGCUUUCUGAUAUGUAACGAUAUACUUGUGACAAGAUGAAAACACUUUCUAUUUGGAUAAUAUUAAAUUGUCUCUUAGUAUGUCUUCUUUUCCCUUUGUGCCUCACUAUAAUAUGUGCUUUGGCUUCUUUCUAAAUGAAGAAAUGGAUCAAAUUAGAUUUUUAAAAUUUUGAGUUCUGAGUGGCAUAAAGAUAAGCCAGUCAUGCAGUGACCUGAUGUUUGCAUCCCUGGAUAUGAUGUCUCUACCAGAUAGUCUUGAGACUCUGUCCCAGAAUCAUGUGCUCCAGCUGCCACUCCCCUGAACUCUGUACGUCUACAAACAAGACACUUUGACUCAUUAUUUGAGACAUGUCUCCUCCUGGAUUCCCUCUCCUUUCUUUUGAAGAUAGAUCUUCCUCUAAUAUGUGCCUUCACCAUGGCUUGAUUUGCUUUUGUUUUUCUUUCUAUUUAAUUUCUGUCAGCCGUGUUUGUGUUUAAGAGAAUGCCUUGAGCUAAGUGUGAGGUGAUCUCAGGGACUGCAGAGGGGAAAGGACAUGGAGGGCCGUGUGUGUGUGUGUGUGCGCGCGCCCGCGUGUGUUUGUAAAUGUUGUACAGCGUUGCCAAGUGUGCACAAAUAAGUUCAUAUUGUCGUAGUCGUGUUGAUGUUGAAGAUUACAUGUGAUUACAUGUGUAAAGUGGGAGAAGUCGUGUCCUUGUAGGACAAAGCCACUACGGGAGCAAGUCGUUUGUACUGGGAGGCUUUAAACGUUGAUUUUGCACUGGAGACAGUGCAUAAGAAGCAUCUGUAUGUGAGCAGGACGUGUCUGUGGUCGUGGCACAGUGAGAUAGAAAGAUAGACGAGUAUAAAUGGAUUCCAAAAAUCAACUAGUGAUGUGAAAAUGGUUCAUGAUGACCUUAAACUAGAAAUUGUUCUCUGGAUAGGCAGUCUGAACGUCUGAUUGUGAAGCAGAUUUGCUGGUUAUUUGCUGUCUGACUUUGCGGACCCCAGGAGGCGCAGUCUAGAGUAGUACUUUGGCAAGUGUAUGUGUUGAGGAAAAGAAAGUGAGAGGGACAUGCAGAUGUUUGGCUGGGUGUUUCACACUUGGGAAGAGAAUCAGUUUGCUACUAUGCAUUUGAUCCAUUUUAAAAGAGUUUUUAUCUUUUGUCUCUAAAUGACACAACUGGGAGAAGGAGCUAUACAUUUUGUAUACAACACAAGAGCAGUUCUGACUGAUUGAACAUAACUGCCAUGUCUGUUUAAGAAAAUACAAAAUAAUGUGGCAGACUGGGAUUUAUUUAUUUUUUUUAAUUGAACAUCACAUUCCAGAGGGACCUGGACAUUUUACAGUGACCUUAUUCUUUGUGCAUGAAUUAAUGGGAAAACAUUAGCAGUACACCACAGCACUCUUUCAUACCUUGUUUACCAUCAAUUCACGAAGCAUGUCGACAGAGAGUUAAAGGUGCACUCUACACAUGAAGGUCAGUGUUUUCGUCAGCCUGUGUUGUAUAAUUUAUUCUGUGGCCCUGGAGGGAGCUUCAUAAAAUCGGAGAAAGUUGCUACGGGGAGACUACAAAUUUAGAACCAUAAGGCCGUGUUACAAACAGGGCACAGGAACAUAUAUCACAUGGGGGAUGGUCUACAAAAAAAUAUAGAGAGAGAGUUGCAUUGUGGGAGAUGUUUUUCAAAUCAUUCUUCUUUUUUUUUUUUUAAUCUGUCUCUCACAAGCUUCCUAACAUUGUAGAAUCACUGUACUAAAUUGUAGGAGCAGCCCUUGUAUAAACUAGACUGAGGUCAGAGUAAAGUGUUUGAGUCAUCCUGAACUGAGUGAUGCUGUCUCACCAAGUGAGCAAUAGGCACGUGCUGGUGGUGGAUGAGGGACAAGUAGCACUCUCAUUUACAAACAGCUGGGCUACGUUAAUAUCCUGAUGAUGACAGACCUGAAUAUGCCAGCUGACAUGUUAUUGAUGUCCAGUGUAAGCUGUUUCUACGGUUACAUUCAAUCUUUCCCUAUAUACUGAGAAUCUAUAUGUAUUUCUGAUGAAAUGAUCUGACGAUACACGUCUACAAAUACAUUAUAUGGAAUACUACGUGCAUGUCAGUGCAUUCAGUAUGUCCAAACACUAUUAUCUUCCUGAUACAAUAUGUUUUUCCAUUGUUUUUAUCAAGCGCCUUCUUACUUUGAGAGGCAUGAAUUAACUAUUUAUAUUUAAAUGCUUGUACACAUGCAUUUAUCGCAUGAAAAUUGAUAAAAAUGUUUUUUUAUGAAUAUUGCACAAAUAAUUUCAUGAAAAUUGCUGCUAUUAGCAUUGUAAAUUUACUUGUAAAUGGAUCAGUUGAUUUAUCUAACACACGCUGUCUCUUACUGGAUACUAGAUUGGAAUUCAGUAGUUUGUUUUUAAUCCCAGAUGGAGAAACUACAGUCAGCGAUUUGGUUCAGUGGCCAACAUGUUUUUAAUACGAAGCAGCACAAUUCCUAAAAAUGAGGCACUUUGGGAUGUGAGCCUUGAAGAAGAUGUGGGAGUAAAGGUUUGAAUAUUUUCUAGGUGAAAAAUCACUCCAUUCUUUCUUUUGGAUUUUGUUUUUUUUUUUUUGAAGAAGAAGAAGAAGAAGAAGCUGAAGUAGCAACAAGGAGACGAUGUAGUCUGUAGUUAUUAUCUGUGUAUUUAUUACCUGGCCUUAAAGCCCAGGGUCCUCUGAUCAGAUUCUGUAGGUGGCUGUGUGGCAUGUUGUUGGUUGGCAAGUUGUGAAGUGGUUUGUAGGUUGGACUCUUAUGUGGUUGGUUGUUAUGAUUAUUGUGGUUUAUAACAGUUAAGUGGUAAUGAAGGAAAGGAGUAAAGUUUUUUUUUUUGUGUGAGUGUGUAAAUGUUGGGUGGCUUUGAUCCAGUUGUGUCUGCGAGUUCUCUCUGAGAUGGGAAAUCACCACCAGCUGCCACUUUACUUAUUUAACUUGAGGCUUCAGCUGAGAGCAAACCUUCACCCUCCCCCGCUCUCUUGAUACAUUUAAUAUUCCACUCUCUGUGGCCGGUGAGCUUUCCCAUCCUGGUCUUUGCUCGGGCCACUGCUAAAGGGGUUUGAGAUCACUUCAGGCUUCUGGAUGUCCCUGUAUGUUACUGUGCCUCAGAAAUCUCCAUGUAUCUUUCACACACUGUUCUCAUAUCAACUCUGCAACUCAUUUGCACAGACGUGUCCAGAGGGAAUCAAAGAGUUCAUUUCUGGAACACAUUUAUGUGGAGGAAGAAAAUCCAACCUUAUUUCUUUCUUUCGUUCUUUCUUUCUUUUUUUUUUUUUUUUGAUCCAAUGUUCUCAGUUGUUGUGUUCUUUUAAAUUGUACUGAAAUUGUUUUAACUCUCUGUUUUCAUUAUUUUUUCUGGAGCAGAAAUCUUCAGCUGUAUCCCUUCAUUCACUGCUCAACUACAAAAUUGUUUAAAUGGGGAGCUGUUAUUUUACACGACAGCAUAGCUAAGCUCAAACAUGGUAGCAGUAAAUGACUUUGUGGUUUGUUUUUUUCUCUUCCAGUACACAUCCUCCUCUGUAACUGUCCACGCAGAUCACAGCAUCAUAGAUGCUGCACCUAGACAGGGUGUAGCUCAUGGGCUGCCCGAUGCACAUGAUCCAACAAAGAGCAAUUUCAAUAAGGAAUUGUAAAAAGAGAGAAGUAGCAUUAGUAUUAACUGUUUUGUGCCGAAACCGACCGCAUCAACCACAAGAUCCACAUUCAGUUCUAUUCUUGUUGAUGUGAUUUGUGUCCAGUCAUGGUUAGACUGAUUAUUGAACUGUACGAGUCUUCAGCCAAUCAGAAUGAUUUUAAAAAAAAAAUGUUGCUCCCUCUUCUUGUCUUAAGAGCUUUUGUUUUGUUUAGAACUGGUCCCAUAUCUUUCCUGUAGCUCUGUACUAACUGUGGGAUCAGUGGUCUGGUGCAACAUGUCUCCCGCCUUGAAGUGGCCUUCAAUCCGGAACCAGACCGGUUUUAGCAGGAACAAUCCCAGCUCUCUAACUGUACAUGCUUUACUAUAACCCCUCAGUGUACUGAGCUCAAGAAUCAUUCCAAAACCAUACUGGCAAGACAUUCAAAUAUUCCCUUUUUUUUUUUUUCUUAAAAGGAGUUAAGUUCAUCUGAUUACAUCAGCCCCAUUUAGGAGGUAACAGAUAGUCGUCAGGUUAUAACAACAUCAAAGGAAUUUUGGAGUGAAGCACUAGUAUAACAGAUUUACUGGAGGGAAUGUCGUUGUGUUGCCCCCUGGUGGCUGCUGACACACUGAGAGAAGGACCUGACCUCCACACAGGGAAUUUUUAUGCUCAACCAGAAAAUCCUUAAAAAUCAGUGAAUUUACAACCCACCACUGCUCUACAGCUUCUGUCUACAUGGAGUCAUUCCACACUAACACACGCGUACAACUUGUUCACCUUUUUUACUACCUCUUUCUCGCCUGUUCAGAGAGUUUUGCCAACUUCUACCCUGAGGCCUUUUAACUGGCAGAUUUGUACCUGGUUCACAGCUGAGCUGACUGCAUCCAGUUCACUUUCUGUGUGUUCUCAAAUAUUGAAAUAACCCACAAGCAAUACUUGGUUGUCAGGUGAUGCCGCUGCAUUGCAUUUUGUUUUGAGGGUUUUUUUUUUGCAGUUUUUGGCAAUGACCCGUAAUUUCUACAGCUGGCUCAGCUUUUCCAGGAAAAUGAAGACAAUUUCUCCUCUGGGUGCAUUUUAAAGGCAGUUGGUAUCAAUACCAUGUUGCAUUAAAACUUCCUAGGUACCAGCAGCUAUAUUUACCUGAGCUGUGUAAUAAUGGAAGGCUAACAGGAACUUCUGGAGAGGAUUUGGUGCUUGCUGAGUCAGGUAGUCAGUUAGUAGAACCUGGUUACUCCUGCAAAACAGCCCCUCCGGUCCCUGUUACCUUUCACACAUUCAGCUGAAGAAAAAUUUUAAUAAUUCAACAUGGCUCUAAUAUGGCCUCUGCCUGGUCGACAGUAUUACUAUAUCAUUCUAACUAGUCAUUAUCAGUUGUUUGUUGCUACUGUUGAUUCUGUGGUGCGGGUUUGUCUUGAUGUAUCAUUUGUAUGUGCGAGUGCACCGUUGGUUGGUGGUUGUUCUGGUUGUGUAUGUACCGGUAUGUGUAUAUACUGUAUGCGCAUAUAAGACUUAUAAAAAGAAAAAUCUGAGCACAAGUUUGGGUUUGAUUAAUUUAAUUCUUUUAUGUAAUUCUAUGCUGCAAUCCAAAGAAUAAACAUGUACUAUAAUACAUUUA